AUGAAGGACCCGAUCAGUGCGCCAGUAAUACACGCUAUUCCUUCUUUCAAGCUGCCUGACCCGAGCAGGCGGGAGGUAGACUUCACUGAGUCUUCUUUUUUUGCAGAGUCCGGUCGAUGCCUCCCAUCACCGGCGGAAGUAAGGGCUUUAUCGGACGAUGGUGGCAUGGUCGCUGAGCCACGGCCUGUAGUUUUUGAAGACCUCAACCUUCUUGUGAAGUUUGGAUACUGUGUUACAGUCACAGAAGCCCAGUGCCUCUGGAUGCUGAAACGAGUUUUCGGCGAUAAAGUUCCUGUACCAGAACUCUAUGGAUGGCGGAUUGACGAACAAGGUCAUGUCUUCAUUUACAUGGAACUCAUUCGCGGGCGAACGUUGCAUGAUAGCUGGGACGACCUGGAUAGUGAUGAUAAAAAGGCGCUUUGUGAUCAACUCUGUCAGAUCAUCGGUCAAUUACGCCAACUAAGGCACCACCCUUCUGACAGCAAGUAUAUCGGCUCUAUCAGCCGCCAGUCGCCUCAAGACUAUGUCUUGCGGGAACAAAAACCAACUGGUCCAUUUUCCGAGAUCAAGGAGUUCAAUGAUUGGUUCACGGGCUUGCCCCAGGCCCGACUUGCCCCCUCAGACCGGUAUGAGGAUCCAUGGCGGGAAUUCCUGCCGGACACUGGGGAUAUCAAAUUCACUCACGCUGAUCUACACCGUGGUAACAUUAUCGUGUCCUCUUCUGGACCGGCUCGUGUUCUGGCUAUUGUCGAUUGGGCCCAAUCAGGAUGGUAUCCUGACUACUGGGAAUAUUGCAAAGCUUUGUAUACCUGUUGGUACGAGGAUGAAUGGCGCCGAGACUGGAUCGACAAGUUUCUCUUUCCUCGAGCGCAGGAAGCCUUAAUCUUCUCGGAAUACACAAUGGCCAUGGGUGCUGUUUAG